UCUUUGUUAAUAGAAUAAAGAUAGAUAAUAAAUAAAUUCAAAAAUCUCCAUCCCUUCAACAUCCUUCACAGCAGGAAAAGUAAAAAUGCAAGCUUGCAGAUUCCAACUCCAUUAUCCUCAACCUCUGCUUAAACAUCCGACCACCACCCCACCCAUACCCAAAGACGGCGGUCUUCUUUUCCGCCAAAAGCUCCUGUACCUCCAAUCCUUAAACAUCAAUCCCCACAAAGCUCUCAACUUAAACCCUUCCCUCCGUUCCACCCCACUUUCAUCUCUCAUUUCCCUCGAACGCUCCCUCUCUUCCGUCGGCCUCUCUCGCCCUUCCAUCGGCCGUAUUCUCGACAUGUGCCCCCUCCUCCUUACCUCCGACCCUCUCCCUCCCAUUAACUUCCUCCUCCACGAAGUCUCCCUCCCUUUCCCUCAUCUCCCUCUUUCCCUCACCCGUUGCCCUCGCCUCUUAGUCUCCUCCGUCCCCACCCAACUCCGCCCAACUCUUCUUUUCCUCACUUCCCUCGGCCUCGUCCUGAAUUCCCAUACUACCCUUCUCUUAGUUUCCAACGUGGAAAACACGUUGAAACCCAAAAUUAACUUCCUUCAAUCUCUGGGUUUUGACGAGCCGGAGGUGAACCGCAUGGUGGUGAGAUCACCCGGGCUGUUGACUUUGAGUGUGGAGAACAAUAUGAGGCCUAAAGCUGAGUUUUUUUUGGAGGAAAUGGAAGGUGACUUGGAGGAAUUGAAAAGAUUUCCUCAGUAUUUUUCGUUUAGUUUAGAGAAAAAAAUUAAGCCGAGGCAUAGAGCUUUAGUGGAAUAUGGGUUCAAAUUGCCAUUGUCAAAGAUGUUAAAGAUCAGCGAUGGAGAAUUUACUGCUAGAUUGAUUGAGAUGCGAUUGCAAAGAGUUCAUAAGAGAUAGCUUUUUCUCUUUUUUUUUUGGUUCAAUUUUGAGCCAUUGUUGAUAUUUACUAGGUUUCCCAUUGAAGAAUAUGUAUCUGUAACAUAGUGAGUUUAAUUUUAAGCAGCCAUGUGCAAUUUAAAGA